AUGACUCGAACCUGGAACCCGCACAACAUGGAAGCCAACACCCUCUGUUGGUUAUCCAGAUGCUUUUAUGUCUUCGAAUCAAUCUGCGCAGGGAUUGUUCUGGGAAUCAAUUCGUGGUACUUGAGCCACUACAAUGACACCCCAGUGUACCCAGAAGCUCGGCUCAUUUACACCGAAAUCAUCGCCGGCAUAGCAAUUCCGCUGGCCAACCUUCUUGCCUGGUUAUACAAUUGUUUCCCCAAAUUUUUGAUGCUGGUCAACCUCUUCUUCUCACUCGCCUUCUUCUCUGCCUUCGGCGCCCUGAUUGAAUUCGACUGCGACGAGAACUGGGCUGGUUGGCGGAGAGAGAUGGGACCGGACUAUCGUGCCUUCUGGAGAGCGACCGAGGCUUUCUGCUUCAUUGGCGCCUUCUUCUGGCUCUGCAGCGCCUUUUUCGCCUGGUUCACUCCGAGCUGCCAAGCGACAAACACUCACACUUUUUUGCACCACAAGCGACAAAGCACCGAAUCAAGCACAGCCCCCGUUGAACAAGUUUGA